GGGCCAGCAAUAUCUGGCUGGAUCCCCUUCUCUACCAGCACCGGCAACCCCACAAAGUCCCUUCACCAAUCACCCAAAGGCGCUUAGCUGGCUUCAGUCAUUCCAUAGCGCCCCCGCCUUCGACCCGCCGAUAUUGAUAGCCCGCCUCCAAUAAUUGUCUUCGUUACCCAUCGCUGAUCAUAGGCGCUAGCGCCGGCCGCCAGGUCAGCAGCAGAAGCAGCCAAUAAAAGCCAUUGUCGUGCCAUUCCCAAACAUGGAGCAAUUAUGCUAUUGGCUCCUCAGCUGCCUCUUCAUCAUUGUGCUGCUCUAUGGUCUCCUGGAGCUUCACUACUUCCUGCGCAUGUGCCUUUGUGUGCUCCUGGCCCGCUUCAUCAAGCCCCGCUGUCACAUUCUGGACACCACCGAAGUCAAUGGCCUCUGUCUCAGCAACGAUGUGGACACGCUGCUCUAUCAUAUGAACAACGCUCGCUAUUUCCGGGAGCUGGACUUCGCGCGGGUCGACUUCUAUGAGCGCACCAAUCUCUAUCGAACCAUAAUAGCCAAGGGUGGUUCAGUAUUUCAAGGUGCAGCCACCAUACGGUAUCGUCGCUUCAUACGACCCUUUCAUCGCUUUAAGAUUAAUUCGCGCAUCAUUUACUGGGACGAGCAGUCCCUUUUCAUGGAGCAUCGCUUUGAGCGGCCCGUGGACAAGUUCGUCCACUGCAUUGCCAUUUGCAGGCAGCGCAUCAUCGACGUCUCCAUGGAGGCAAUCAUGGCAGAGCUACUGGUGCCGAAUUCAGCGGUAACGCCACUUCAGGCGUCCCGUCACACGCUCAGCUCCACCAUCAGCUUGCAUCAGAACGCGCAGAGCCAGGCCAGCACGGCAUUGGAGCAGGCCGAGAACGGACAUGUACACCAGCAGCAGGCGCCGGCAAAGCUGAAGCCCGACCUUCCCCCGGAGCUCUGUAAAUGGAUCGAGUACAAUGAUUUGUCCAGCAAGAACCUGCGCAAUGGCUGCUGACCGCCAUCAGUUUUCCCCGCUCCUCGAUUAGCUUCAGUGUAGUGGCCAUAAAACCACACACAUACAUACAUACAUACAUCCAUGCAUAGCCACUUGAUUACAUACAUAUGUACAUACAUAUUUCUAUAGAGAGUUGUAUGAAGCUACGAUGUAUUUUGUAUGGAUUUAUCUCCGCUAUCUCUAUAUUGUUAUUAUUUUUUUUUGUUUCGGACUAGGAUUCUUGAAGAUGUUACUGUGUGUGCGAAAAUGUGAAACUGUUUUUCAUGGAUAGCCUUUAAGUAUAAGUUGUUUAGGUGUAAGUGUAUGUGUGCAUGUGCGGUGUGUAUGAUGCUAGUCUAGUAAAUAAAUCGAUCAAUGUAUGUCUAAA